UACUUCACCAACAUGAGAGCACACUGAAUAGAAUCUCCAACAUGAGGUAAUUUAUAAUCAGCACGAGUACGUCUUGGGUUCUCCUGCUAGUGGGCCACUGAGUGGCGCGUCAUGUCCGUCACUAACACACCGUGGAAGCCCCUUAAGGACCCCCUACUGACGUCACAACAGAGUAGUACUUCCAGACGAGCGAAUCAGAGGGCCUUGAUGAAGUUGAUUUCCAUAGCUCUGCUUUCUGCUGUUGUGACAAUCGUCAUCGCAUAUCAUGUAUUUUUGAACGAAUUAUGAAACGAUAUUAUUUUGAAGGAUAAAAACACGGUGUGAAGAGGCAAAAGACGGCAAGAGACAUGGCGACUCUUUCUGCCCAACUAGAUGAGAUGAGAAGCCGUGCAGAGGCUCACCUGUCUUCCACAGGCUCUGCACAAGAAGUGAAAGCAGACGUGCUAGCGAUAGCCAACAUACCCCUUCCUCUCUCCGCCAAGUACUGCCACAUUGCUGGUGAAGCUUUGGUCACUAGUAAUGGUACAGGUGACAAUCGAUCGGAGAGCCUGGUGUCCCUACAGAGGUUAUCGACUGCUUUGAAUAUCUUGGAGAAGUAUGGCUGCAACCUGACCAGUCCCUGCAGACCGAAGUACUGGCGCAGCGUUAAGCACAACAACCCCGUGUUCAAGGCAACUGUUGAUGCCAUUGCUGGAGGAAGGGCUGUGCUCUGUCUCUAUGGCUACACCAAUCAGCAGCCAGAUGGCCUUAGCUUCCCUGAUGAUGUAAUUGAGCCUGACACUGGGAAGGUUGCCGCUGUUACCCUGGAGGUUAUGACGCUUCGCAUGGAACUGGACCUGCUCAUCAAGGAUGUUCACCCCCACCCCGAGUUCUUUGAGAGGAUCAUCCCCUCUCUUGGCCUGGAGGAGAAGGUGUGUCUGUCAGAUGAGUCUGGGCCCAUUUUGGACACAGAUGUUUCCUCCAGCCUGAGGGUGUGGGAGAGGGAGGCACAGCCUUUGGUCCAGUUUGACCAUGCUGAUGCUUCCAGCCCUGGACCAGCAGCUGGGUCCAUGAGCCCCUCAGUACACACAAGAAAAGAGGCGUGCUGCCUGUGUGGGGGCAGCCCUUCCCUCCUUUGUGCUUCCUGUGGCUCAAUGACCUUCUGCGAGUCGUGUGACCUUGUUUUCCACCGGCACCCCAGCAGAGCCACUCACAGGCGAGAGCUCACACAUAUUCCUAUGCCAGACAACUGCACCAUCUGUGGCAUAUUCCCAGUAUCAGCUCACUGCCCAUCCUGUGUCCAGCGCCUGUGCUCGGAAUGUGACAGGCUAUACCACACACACCCAGGGCGGACUGGCCACAUCCGAAACACAGUGACAUCAGUAAAACCCUUGAGGAUGACCAGCUCAUCCCUCACGUUGUGGCAGUGCAUCUACUGCACCACAGUGAAUGAAGCACGCACUGUGUUCUGCAUGAGCUGUGAGCGGACCCGUUCAAGUGGCACUCUUUCUGCUGCCCUGGAAGAACCUCUGCAGCUGUCAACCUUUACAGAGUGGCAGUGCAAGAGCUGUACUGUGGUGAAUGCAGGCAGCAGUGUUCUUUGUGAGGUGUGUGAGCGCCCUCGACUGGCCACUCGCCCUCCAGUCAGUCCUGUUUACUCAGGCCAUGCUACAUUGGAGUCACUCAAGGAGGCUGAUGGACAGUGGGUGUGUCAGUUUUGCACCUUCGUCAACUUAAACCCCGCCCCUCUGUGUGAAAUGUGUGACUUGCCACGCCCAGAGCCCGCCCCCACCCCACGCAAACUGCUCCCACAGUCACCUAUUAAGGAUGUUCCACUAUCGCCUAUCAAGCCUAAAGUGACCUUGGCGGAGGACCCUGACGUGAAGAGACAGAAACUCAUGAGAGAGCAGGGUCUGAAGUUGGUUCAGCUCAUUCGAGAAGGAGAACGAAAUGGGGUGAGCCCGGAGGAGGUGUACACAAGCUUGCGAGUCUCAGCGGGAAGCAGUUUUGCCCCCUGUGAUUGGGUCAGACUGGAGCUACCCCACCUGCUGGAUGAGAUCUGUGCCAUGGCUGCAUCUGUCCAGCAGCAACCCACAGUGGGGCGCUCUGGGUCGCAUGGAGAUGGCAAUCCUGAGAUGUCGCAGGGUGUUCAACUCUCCCGGGCUGAGGCCAAGCAGGCCUGGCUUGCAGCAGGAGGUGACACUGAAAAGGCAGUGAAGCUGGCGCUCCAAGACAGACGUGGCAAGGUGAAAGAACUGCAUUCCUUGGGCUUCAGUGAUGUGGCAAAGUGUGAGGAGGUCCUGCGUCUUAGCGGCGGUGAGGUGCGUGGGGCACUUGCCCUUCUGCAGCGCCCCCUCCUGGAGUCUUUCCACCAGCGAAUGUGGAGCGACCAGCCUCUGCCCAGCAUUGACAUCAGGGACCCUGACAAACAGAAGGUGUGCCGGCGCCUGCUAGCCGUGUAUGAUCUUCCCAGCUGGGGGCGCUGUGAGCUGGCUCUCUCACUCCUGCAAGACCCAGACGUGCCCUACACGCUAGAGGAUGUGGUGCAGGCUGUGAAGGAGUCACACGACCGGGACUUCAUCCGCCGGGUCCUUGCCAAAGAGUGUCCCAUCUGCCUGUCUGUGUUUCCCCACAGCAAAAUGCAGUCUCUGACCUCCUGUCAGUGCUCUGUGUGCUGUGACUGCUUCCAGCAACACUUCACCAUUGUAGUGAGAGACAAACACAUCAGAGACAUGGUGUGUCCUGUGUGCUGGGAGCCUGACAUCAACGACCCGGAACAUCUCAACAGCUAUUUCUCUACCCUCGAUAUACAGCUUCGGGAAUGCUUGGAGCCUGAGGUGUAUGACCUCUUUCACAAGAAACUUACAGAGCAGGCCCUCAUUAAAGACCCCAAGUUCUUGUGGUGCAGCCAUUGUUCCUAUGGCUUCAUUUAUGAUGGCGAUCAGCUGAAGGUCACCUGUUUCCAGUGCAGAAACAGCUUCUGCGCCCAGUGCAAGAAGCCAUGGGAGGAUCAGCAUGCAGGACUCUCAUGUGAACAGUUCCAGACCUGGAAGAGGGAGAAUGACCCCGAGUACCAGAGACAGGGCCUGGCUGGGUAUCUGCGUGACAAUGGCAUCACCUGUCCCAACUGCCGGUUCCAGUACGCGCUCUCCAAAGGCGGCUGCAUGCACUUCAGCUGCUCCCAGUGCCGCUACCAGUUCUGCAGCGGCUGCAACAACCCCUUCCAUACCACAUGCUCCGUGCCUCACUGCAGCGUGACAGGUCUGCAUGCCCACCAUCCCCGUGACUGCCUGUUCUACCUGCGGGACUGGGAGCCAGCGCGGCUUCAGGCGCUGCUGCUGAGAAAGGGCGUGGCCUUCAACACAGAUCCUCCCCAUGGGAUGCAGCCAGGGCUGUGUGGAGUGAUGGAACAGAAGGAUGAGGGGGGACGUCAGACGGAUGCAGCCUGUGGAGGGCAAACACAGCCUGGCCAUGCGGGGCUGUGCGAAAAGCACUACAGAGAGUACUUGGUUAGCCUCAUAAAUGGACACUCCAUUGACCCUGCCCUCCUUUUCGAUGCCAAUGAGGUGCUGGUAGCUUGUCGGAGGUAUCAAGUGGACAUCUGGCGGGGCGAGAUGGAGGACGACCGGGCAUACCUUUCUCGGCUGCUUGAGAAACUUAUGGAGGAGGUUCCAUUGGGUGACAAGGUCCCACGGAAGAUAUAAUAUGCAUAAAUAUUUUUUUUACCAGUAUGUAUGGGUUAGUUUAUGGCCCACCAGAGCUCCAAGAAAAAAUGGUUUCAUUUCAGACUUCAUGACCUCUCACAGCCUGGACCAGGUUGGUGUGCAUUGUGUAAGUUCCUUGUGAGUUUAUCUGCAGAGGUGCACUGGGACUGACACACCAGUACCUGUUCACAGUAAUGUUAAUAACUCCAUGGGAAAAGCAUGUGCAUGGGAAGUACAGAUAAAUAAGACAGAUGUAAAGCAAAACAUGAAAAGCUAUAUUUAAGCCCUCUUUUAAUCAGCUGUCUCCAGGCUGAGUCUUAUUUAUGACUAAUUUAUUUAUCUAAGUGGCCGGUGGAUGAAGUGUGAAGAAAACCGAAUUUGACUUUCAUUAAACAAAUUCUUGUUUCAUUUUAUUAGUUUUGUCUUCUACUAGCAAAGUUAUCCAUAUCAUCUAAAAUUUACUAAAUAAAUACUUUGUUUUUAA